AUGGACACGGGAUACACCAGAUCAGAAAAUAACGGAGCGCCGUUUGGUGACACAACUUUGUAUCGCAGUCUAGUAGGUGCUUUACUCUACGUUGCGGUGAAUGGAAGACCGGAUAUAGCUGCAAGCGUGUCACUACUCGGCCGUAAAGUCAGCGCACCAACAGAGAUGGAUUGGACGGCUGCCAAACGUGUCGUCAGAUACCUCAAGUGUACGAAGGAGUUAAAAUUGACAUUCAGUGCUGGAGAUGGGUGGGCACUUGUCGGUUACUCCGAUGCUGAUUGGGCCGGCGAUCAUGCUACUAGGAGGUCUACGACCGGAUAUAUUUUCUUCUUCGGAGGUGGACCCGUGGCUUGGGUUAGUCACCGGCAGUCGUGUGUAAGUUUUUCCUCCAUGGAGGCUGAAUAUAACGCGCUGAGUGAAUCAUGCCAGGAGCUCAUUUGGCUGCGGAGAUUGUUGGAGGAUCUUGGAGAAAUACAACUGGACGCAACUACACUUUUUGAAGACAACCAAAGCUGUCUCAGUUUUGUGCAAGUAGAGCGCACGAGUAAGCGUUCGAAGCACAUCGAUACAAAACAGCACUUCAUCAAGGACUUAUGCGAAGGUGGUGUAAUAAAGCUUGUGUAUUGUCCGUCGGAGUAG